AUGAAUCACUCGCUCCUGCAGAAUCCAUUCCAGCUGGAUGGUCACCUCACUUCCGACGGUGAUUACUCCAGCGCCCAGCGACACUUCCCUGGACCGACUGGCUUUUCUAUGGAUGACGAGGACAGCCAUCGUCGAAGUGGUGCUGUUGGCAGUCAUCUCGCCCAGGCCGUCCCGAUACCUGCCACCAACGGCUUGCGAUACAACACGCAACAGUCUGCGAUGCAGGAUUUACCAUAUGGGACUUCACCCACGCUCCAGCUUAUGAGCCCGUCCGAUUCCUGUUCCGACUCGUUCUCUUCAGCGACAGGGUCACUCUAUACCCACUCAUCUAGCUUGGGCUACGACAGAAUGUCAGAUUUCAGAUCCCACCGAAUGCCCACACUCCAACCGCCCGCGGGUAUGUCAUCAACGGUGCAGUCGCCAGGUAACGCGUCUUUGUUAGGAAGAGGCGACAAUUACGCUGGGGCAUACAGCAUGCCCAGGGGUCCAUUUCCGUCAUUGACAAGUCUCAGCGAUAUCACCAGAGCUCCACAGUAUACAACUACACCGCGUGCGCUCGACUGUGGUAUGGAUCGCAACCCAAACCUCAUGUUUGCCCAACCAGGAGCAAUGUAUUUGGACCAGCGUGUGUCUCCUCCCACUGCUGAUGCUCCCCCAUUUAAGGAGACAAACACGCUUUUCUCCGUCAUUUCUGGAAACCAAAUUGUCCGACCAGAGAUCGGGGCGAAGAUCCACAAAGGAUUUUUCCAAGUUGACGAGAAGUGGACCUGCUAUCGGCGGAACUAUUUCUCGAUCUCGUGUUCGUUUUCCUUUCACCCAUCAGUCCACGGGCCAUUCUUCCUUAAGAAUGAUAGUCGACAUGAAAGAAUUCAUCAGUUCUCCAUGUCAAUAUCAGCGAUUGUGAAUGAGCAACAUGGCGAGGUCCGGGAACUUGUGCAACAUACACCAAAGCGCGACAAGCAGUCGGAGAGACCCCCACAAAGAGUUGUACUGCAACCCUCUCAAACAACAGCAAUGGUACCAAGCCUGGGAUCAACGUCAUCAGCAGGCCAGCAUAGUUUUCCUUUGAUGUCCCAGUCUGCUGGAAUGGGAAUGGAGUAUAAUUCCUCGUAUGGCGGGGCUCCGCAGCAGCACCAACCUCCAACACAACACACCUUUGAGCGAAUCCAGUUCCAAAAAGCGACCGCAAACAACGGGAAGCGGCGCGCCCAGCAACAAUACUACAACCUCGUUGUCGAUCUCUACGCUGAGAUCACUAGUCCGCUUGGCAACAACGAAUGGGUCAAAAUCGCCCGGAAGUUGUCACAUCCGAUGGUUGUUCGAGGACGUUCACCUGGUCAUUACAAAGAUGGCCGGCGAGACAGCUCAACCAGCAUGGGUCCGGACGGGGGAAGCGGAGGUGCUGGAGAUGGUAACGGAGGGGCAGUCCUGCCUCCAGGUCUGGGACAGGCUUCACGAUCCCACAUUGCUCUUUUGCCGUACGACUCUCAACGUGGUGGCCAUAGCUACGGUAGAGCUGACUACCACCAAAUGACGACGGCGGAUCACUCGCCCCUUAGCGCAAGUCCACAUAUUUCCUCCUCGUCAUCAUCCACCUUUGAAAUCGGCAUGAUGAGUGAUUCUCUUGAUCCAAUGGACUCCAUAAAAAGCACUUCCAACAUGGAGUCCUAUCAUGAUCCAAGCUAUGGGAUGAUGGACGUCCGGAAGGACACUCAGUAUCGCGGCCACCUGCCUCCGCCUUUUGAGUACGACCCGGUUCACAAGGCGAGCGACAGCCCCGAGACCACCUUUUCCGAAGGGUAUGAUUCGAUUGCGUCUAUCGUCUCCAACAACCCUGGUGAUGGUCAUUUCCUGAGGCACCAUCCGCGAACGGCGUCGCAAGGCUACCAUCAUUCAAGUCCCGGCGGCUAUGAUACGAUCUACUCCGCUCGAUCUGGGAAUGGGAGCGGUAGCGGGGGUAGCCCCUAUUACCGGCAUCCCUCAUCUCAAAGUCUUUGCACUUAA